UAGUGUAGUUGUAACUUAUUCAGAGCCAACGACCCAGCCAAUCAAACUACCAAGUCCACCAUAGAUUAUAUCCCUUACAAGAUGGAGCAGUUAAACUUAAACAAACAUCAAUCCUCAAUAGUUACAUAACCCAAUUCUCAUCCUCUGCCUUCAGAACUUCAGAAAUAGUUUUCUUCCCUGCUUUUUCUCCCUGCCAUGGGAAACCACAUAUCAUCAUUUCCAGCUUCAGAUGCCACAGGGAAAAUCGUUUACUGUGAUGGCUCAGUUCAAGAAUUUGACCAACCUCUAACAGUGGCAGAGCUCAUGCUAGAGCACCCACAACAGGUAGUGGUGGAGUUCCAUUCAGCAUUGAACCACCAGAAAAGACCAACACCAUUGCCAGCUGACAAGAAGCUAGAGAUGAAGAAAACAUAUGUAAUGCUUCCGAUGAAGCGAGGGAAGCCAGUGGGGCUGAGCGGUGAAGAUUGCCACCGCGUUCUAUCCAUCGUUAACUCUUCUCUGCAUUCCAACUAUCUCAUGUGUUCAGGCUUUCUUCCUUGGAUUGCCAGAGUAUUUAAAACAGAGUCCCCUGCAAAUGGUGUGGCUGAAACCUUGCAGAUAAAGGAAGAAAGGUACGACUUUUCUGAGUUUUUGCCAGAGAUGAUUGAAGAGAGGCCAGAAUACAUGAGUAGGCAGUUGUCAGGGAAGGAGUGGAAGCCUAGCUUGGACACCAUUAAGGAGAAGAAGAUUAAGAAAAAACUAUCUCGCUGGUUUUUCCUCAAAAGUUUUAUUGGUACAAGGAUUUAAACCUGGUUAAAUUAGUGAAAAUGUUGCAUUAUUUGGGUAUUUAAUUUUACUUAUGUGUAACUGUAAGAGAGUUCAGGUGUGCUUUAUCUAUUUAUGUCUUGGGCCUAAGAUCCUUUUUUGAUUAUAAGAACUCAUGGGUAAGACCCCUUCUUCA